GGUCCCGCGGGUGCCCGAGCCGCUCGCCGCCCAAUCGCCGCGGGCCCGCGGUGCCCCGGGGGGCUGGGGCCGCCGCCGGAACGUGCCGCGGCUGCGCCGACGCGCGAGCGCCGGGCAGGGCGGCGGGCGCGUUCAGUCUGGCGGCGGCGGCCGUGCGCGGACGGACGUGCCCGGAGCGCCGCAGCCGAGCCGCCCCGCGUCGCCGAGCCGCGCCCGCCCGGCCCCCGCCAUGGUGGCAUGGAUCAUCUCCAGGCUGGUGGUGCUAAUAUUUGGCACUCUUUACCCUGCGUAUUAUUCCUACAAGGCUGUGAAGUCAAAGGACAUUAAAGAAUAUGUCAAAUGGAUGAUGUACUGGAUUAUAUUUGCACUAUUCACCACAGCAGAGACAUUCACCGACAUCUUCCUUUGUUGGUUUCCAUUCUAUUAUGAACUAAAAAUAGCAUUUGUAGCCUGGCUGCUGUCUCCCUACACAAAAGGCUCCAGCCUCCUCUACAGGAAGUUUGUACAUCCCACGCUGUCUUCAAAAGAAAAGGAAAUUGAUGAUUGCCUGGUCCAAGCGAAAGACCGAAGUUACGAUGCCCUUGUGCACUUUGGGAAGCGAGGCUUGAACGUGGCGGCCACGGCAGCGGUGAUGGCUGCUUCCAAGGUGGCUCGACUUUUUCCUUUUGUCUCCUCUUUGGACCUCAGAGAAGGGCAGGUAACCCCGUUGAGAGGUGUGACUAACUUCGAACUGAUCCAGUCGGGGAGAGAGGCCAGUAGCCACCUCUGCCUACCAGCCCAUGGUCUGGAUCCAAGCCCGGUGUCUCUCCUGCCGACACCCGUGUGUGUCCAUGCCCCUGCCUUCAUCCAGCAUGCCGAGAAGGAGCCUGCUCGGGCUUGGUGUGGAGCAUGUGUAGCUGUAGAGGCUAACUGUGUCAAUGAGGGACAAGGUGCCUUAUCGGAGCGACUCCGGAGCUUCAGCAUGCAGGAUCUCUCCACCAUCAGGGGAGACGGCACCCCUGCUCCCUCGGGCCCCCCUCCACCGGGCCCUGGGCGGGCCAGCGGCAAGCACGGCCAGCCUAAGAUGUCCAGGAGUGCUUCUGAGAGCGCUGGCAGCUCAGUGUGUACCUGCUGCUCCACCUGCAGGACCCGGAAAGUGGUUGAGGGCGAUGUGGAUGAGGGUGGUGUAAAGGCCUGGGGGCCCCACCAGGUCCAAAACCCAUUGGCGUUUUCUGAUGAGGAGGAGGAAGACCUGCUGGACUUCAUGUACAAGUUUAAAGCACCUCGAAAGACGGAGUUCCCCCUGGAGGUCUCCCCUCCUUCCCCUUCUGCUGAACGCUGCAACCUGAGAGUCCAACUGAGGCAAGUUGGGAGCCCCCCUGCCCUCAGUGCAGAGACCCUUGUGAGACUCAGGCACCGCCUAGAAUCCUUCGAUCUCGCUUCAGGAAGAAAAGUACCUCAUCCUCGGCCACUGAAACCACGUGAGUGAGAUGAGCCAACAGCACCGGAUCCACAGAAUGUUUCUUCUCUGCCUUAAAGAGCUAUUUAUUCACUAACCACAUAGAAAACCGCAAGCUGGUGUGCCCUGUGACAGCCUCGGACGUGGCCUUUCCUCUCUCCCCUCUAAGAGCCCCCCCUUUCCUUUUAUUUUGUUGGGGAGAGGAUAAGGAAAGGUAGUGUGUGGGGGGUGUGAUCUUAGGUCUUCUGAGGUUAGUCAUUUCCCACCAUUGGAUUGGCAUACAGACAGCAGUGUUUUUAGAAGAGAAUCCCCCCACCAAGCUGCUGAGAUGUACAUUUGUAACUUAUUUGUUGCAUACUUUGUUUUUAGUCCUAUAUAUGCAAACAAAGCAAUUUUUUAAAAACUUCUUUUUUUUUGGUUCUUGAUACUAAUACUUUGGACUAUGAUGUACAUAUUUGUGGCUUUUGGCUUGAUACCGUGGACUUGCAAAGGCUGCCAGAGGUUCUGAUGUAUAAGUAAACUGCAAAAACAGAAGCAUAAAAGAUUAACUCUGGAGGGUGUCUCAGAUGUGCUUACGAAGCUUCCAAACACACCUCAAGGACAUCCGUUUUUCCUGUAGGGCGAUGCUCCGUAUUCUUCAGUCAGUAUACCAGAGAAGUUUAGAAUGGAGACAUGAUAUUUCAGUACCAGAGGUGGGUAUGAAGUCAGGGGAACAUCCUAGCAUAAGGGAAAAGUCACAGGAAGCUUGUCUCCCCCAUGGGCACAGGAUUAGGAGCUUCUGAGUCCUUCCAGGGUGGGGACUUCUCAUUGCCUUAGGCAGGUUGGCUCACCUUUGGUAGAAAUGUUCGGGGAUGUAAACUCCUGGGAUUGUUGUGACAAAUCAUUGAGUGUUGAUUUCUCCUUCAUAGUACCCUGCGCUGUGACUGGCAAAAACGAACCAAUCCACCCAAACAAAACCAACCCUAGAACCACGCUUUGUUUCAGAUGUUCCGUGAAGCACAUCUGAGACAUCUGGGUAACGAUCCCAACCCUGGGUUCUAGAAGGUUGUAGAGGGUGCAUCUUCACGAAUGUGACCUGCUGCUCAGCUCCACGGGCAGCGGUGGCUCGCGCCCUCUGUUUGCUUCCUGGCUUGUGUGGAGUGUGAGCCAGAGAGAAGUGGCACGUUCACGGGCACUUGUAUUUCAUACAGGCCCACUUCUUUUAGGAAGAGAACAAAGCGCCGUCUGAGGCAACUCCCUAAUUAGACUGAGAAUUUUAUCUGAAAUGAAGAAUCUGGCUGAAGUAGCAUCUUGGUCAGAGGCAGCUGCUCCCCACUGGGAGCGCCGAGCCUAAAUGUAGGACUCGUCUACUUGUGCUUAGAAUUGAUGUUUCCUUUCAGUGUGAUGCAUGCAGUGGUCACGACCCAGUUACUUAUUAUACUUGGAUUGUGUUUGUUCAUAGAUAGGCCCUGAACACUAGAGAAUUAGUGUCACGUACCACAUAGAACCUACUGUCAGUCAGCUAUAAGCAGGCCCAGUUAGAGACAGUAGCAUGACUGAGCUACACAAACCUACAUCAGUCUUUCCUGAUGACACAUUGGCUGGAUCUUAGCCACAUCGGAAAGGGUUUUACUUGAAGUUGUUAGCAGAUUGCAAAUUUAAAUCCCUUUUCCUCAUAAUGCCUCUGAAGGUGACUUGGUAAUUUACAAAAGGAUUUAGGAAAAUAAACCUAAAAGCAAAUGUGGGGUUCAGGAGGGCAAACAGAGGCUGGCUGUUUAAUGUUUGUGCCCCAUACCCAUCAAUACCUAAAUCUGUUAGUGAAGACAGAAAACCUGUUUUCUUCAAGCUCACAGAGUAGUUUCAGACAGAGGAAAAAUAUAUGCUUUAAAAUGUAUUUACCUGUUAUUGGGAGUACCCAGAAUUAUCAGAAACAAAUGCAAAAAAAAAAAAAAAGCUUACUAAGCAGCUUUUUAGCAACUUUUUUUUUCUUUCCUGGCCAAAAUAAUAAAUGCCUUUAGCAGCAGAGAUUAAAAUCCUAUUGUAAACAAGCUAUAUUUUCACCAUUUUACAGUGGAGAGUUUUAACAAGUAUGGGCUCUCAAGUUUGCACUCAACGAUGCCAAAAACGAGUUUGAAGCACUCUACUCUCAGACAAGCUGUAUUACUUCUCAUUUAAGAUUUUAAAAAAUAGAAAGGUACCCAAACUGCUGUCUUAAUGUAACUAUUUUUCCUUCAGGUGUUGCUUAGGGAGUUGGUUUCUUUCUUAAAAACACUCACUGUACCACUGAGAGCAGCUGUCGUAUUUCUGGCAAAACGUGUUUACUUACCCAACAAGCUGUAUAUUUGUGUGGACUGACGUAAAAAUGUGAAUGCCUCCAAGUGUACACAUAGUGGUGUGGAGUUCUGUCGAGACGAUAAAGCUGAAUGUUUUUAAUUUGCUGAUUUACAGACACGGGCUGUUUACAAAAUGCUAAUGGAAAGUCUGUACCUUUCACAUAGUAAAUUUUUCUUUGCUUUUGAGCACCUGUUCUGUUUCUGAGGAGACGAGAGAGGGUGUUGUACUUACAAACUGGAGAGUUAGGCAUAAUCCCUCCUGGCUUUGUGUGAAUAGCUUGCUCACUUUGCUGGCCUCUGAAUUGUGUGUUCUCUGUAGUAAACUGUCCGUGUGUCUGUGAUAACAGUGCUUGUCAACCACGACCACCAUUGAGUACCUUCCUAGUUGUUCAUCUUGCACAGCACUGGAAAUGGUAAAGGAUGUGCUUCAUUCGUGAACGGCAGGCACCAGAAGGCUGGCGUUCUGGACGGUGACUGUGCACACUCCCCCUUAGUUUAUCUCUGUAAUCCUAUAGGACGAUCUGUAAUCAAAUAGUAUACUGGACUGUGCAUCAAAGGGAUGUAAAAUUACAGUAUUCCAAAGGUUGAAGUUCUGUUUUGUUAUAAUGCCUGAUCUAUAUCUUGAAUAAAGUCUUAACAUGUUUCUUUUAAAA